CGACUGUGGUUCAGGGUAAGGCGGCUUCAUCGAAACAUGAGUCGCUGGUUGGAUGAACAUCUGAAAUCCUUCUGAUCAUGAGUGGGAGCUGGAGAGGGAUUUCACAGGACAUGGAUCGACAGAUUGUACAGGCCGUAUGUGACGAGGACACAAUGUCUUCUACCUCGGUGGGAAUGUCGGAUUUGUCCGAUGAGAUCCUGCUGUGCAUCCUCCGACAUGUUCCAGUGUGUGACCUGGUGCUGAACGUAGCAAACGUCUGCCAGAAGCUACACAUAUUGUGCCAUGAUAAGACCCUGCUGUCAAAUGUCAGCCUGUCUGAGGAGUAUCAGGCUGAUGAUCUGUUGGUUCGGUACAUAUUGAAGCAGCUAGCCAGUCACGUGCAGUCUCUUAGCCUGAAUGGUUGCUACUGGCUGUCUGGCUCUACAGUGGAGCUUCUUGCUCGCUGCAGAGGAGUAACGCACCUUGAUGUCACCGGAUGUCACCUCUCUUCCCUUCGUCUCUCCCGUCUCCUCUCCUCCCUCUCGCUGCUCAGAUCACUUGCUUUUGAUGUGACUGCAGGCUUCAACUCUGCAAUGCUCAGUUCAGAGGCGGUGGACUCACUGAGCCGCCUAUCAGAGCUCAGACAGACACUUCUGACACCAAGUUAUGGUGUAGUGCCGUGUUGCGCCCAACUCCGCAAGCUGAUGCUGCAAUUUGACAUCCCAGAUGUGACCAGAGAGGGUGUCGGUGUUUGUUGUCAGUUAAUGGUGGGUCAGAGCAGUGUGCCACAUUACCAGCAACUGGAGGAGUUCACAGCCAGGCUGGCUCCAGGAGAGGUAAACCAGACCUUGCUCCUGCUGUACCUGGCAGUGUUCAGUGUUCACGUCCCAAAGCGUCUCCGAGUUUUCCUUGUGUCAAUCCCUGGCCCAAACCCUGCUCACUGGCCUGCUGCUUCAUCACUGGCCCAGAGCUUGGGUCAACGAGGUGACCUGGAGGCCCUGCAGCUCCCUCGGUCCUGGCUGGAUUCCUUGUCCCUAAAGCGAGCCCUGGAGGGAAACAGUCCGAAGCACCUCAGCUUCAGCCGCUGCCCGUCGUUGUGGCCGCAGGUAUUCCAGUCGUUGCUGGAGGGAGGAGUGACAGAUGCCACACAGCUGAUCAGCCUGAACCUCAGUGGGAUCAACCAGGUCCUUUACUCAGAGUGUAGGAGUGUGGAAGAUCAGCUGGUCCCCGGCACAGUGAGCCGCUUGGCAGUGGGCUGUUCCAACAUUAAACACCUGAACCUGAUGCACACGCACUAUCAUCAUGAAAACUCACCUGGGCAAGGUGGAGAAACACACCUCUGUGCCAGCUUGGCCAAAUUCAGACACCUGCACUCUCUCACUCUGCCUGCCUGUGCAUUGUCAGAUGGCUUAAACACACAUCAGAUCUCUGCAAACAAAAGUUCUCCUUCUGCGUUGUUCCUGGGAUUAAAGAAGCCUCCACGUGUGGGGCUCCAGAAUUACAAGCCUGACUCAGAGUCUUCUCUGUCAGGAGACAGCACCUCAGGGCUCACUCUGCUCUUAGCUGGCUGCCCUCUGUUAGAGACCUUAGAGCUCAUUGGUCCAGGUUUUGUCUCCGUGCUGCCUCGGCUUGAGCCUUGCAGUCGUGCCAGCGUGGAGCCUCGUGGUAUGUGCGCGUGGGCACGAGGAGUCGGCGACGCACACCUAGCUGCCCUUGAGGCUUUGCCACGAUUACGUCGCCUGACUCUGGCUGGGCUUCCUGGGGUCCUUCGGGGGACAGGGCUGGUACAGCUGGCCAGGAAGUGCAAAGACCUACAGGUGUUAUCCCUGGCCAACAUUGGAUCACUGAAAACCAUGAACUACACACCUGCCUUGCUGGACACACUUAAACAAUGCACACAGCUACAGGAACUCAGGUUAGAGCAGCCCUACCUGAGUGCCAACGCGUCAUUCUUCGAGGCUCUGUCCUCUUGCUCUCGUCUGCAACGUCUCUGCCUUAUCUCACGCAGCGGUACCUUUGACCCUUCGGCCACAGAAACUUUCAUGGAGCGAUGCCGCCAUGUCAUCAUGUGCCAUGUGUUCAUGGGCGGCACCUUAGUGGCUUGUCGCACACUGCAAAAAGCUCUGCUGGACAGAUUUUCAGUCGAUCGCGCAGCACUGAGUGUGGUCAUCUAUCCAUUACAACACGAAGACCUGUCUUCAGUCAUCAGAGACAUCCCCCUCACACUGCUGGACCGGAUAACUUUGUUCCAGAGCCAUGUGGCCCAACCACCACAUUUAUCACCAUUGUGACAUCGCCAGAAAGCUUCAGUGUGAUUGGUGCUCAGACCGCUGCUUAUUCUGCAGGAAAUAAAAUUUACAAAUGAAAGACUAGCUGUCACCUGUACAGUCAAUUCUGAUUGUGUGAUUCGCUACAUCGACAACAGUUUCUGGCUGCUCUACAGCAUGUCAGCUGUGACUGUUUACAUUUACAUGACAGAGUAAUGAUGGCCUUCAAAGGGAAAUUUGCUGGUAGGGAGCUUUGUUUUAUUGUUCCAGGACAUUUCACAUUUGGUGCCAUCGGGGCCUUAAUUGUGGCUUCUGAAUCAAAAAUAAUUUCUGUUACUACAUUUCUCUGCUACUUUUAAAAAUAAAUGUAAGUUAAGUAUAUAUUUGUUCAGAAACCUUGUACAGAGGACCUGAAUCAAAUUAUGUUGUAAUAAACUACAUAUUCAUUAUUU